UUGUGAUUUGCUUCGAACGCAACACGGCGAAGUCGUUUGGCAGCCUUAUUUUUAUGACUCGAGUGUGUCGGCGCUCGUUAAGUGUAAUAAAUCUCAACAAAUGAUAAAUUAGCAAACAGCAAGAUGCAGUCCAUGAAAGCCGAUCAGUUGCCGCCAAAUCCGCGGGAGACAUCGAAUCCGUUGUCUUCAAUAAUGUUUUGCUUUGCCAUGCCCACAUUUUUCAAGGGCCGCAAGAAAACACUUGAUGAAAGCGAUUUAUAUAGAGCACUCAAGGAACACAAAUCGGAUACGCUGGGCCAGAAGCUUAGCGAUGCCUGGGAGAAGGAGGUGGAGGAGAAGCGCAAGAAGAAGAAGACUCCCAGCCUGUUCAAGGCAACGUUAAAUGUUUUUGGCUGGCGCUUUGGGCUCUUGGGCUGUGUGCUCUUCAUACUGGAAAUGGGCUUCCGCGUUACUCAGCCGCUUUGCUUGGGUGGUUUGGUUUCCUUCUAUGCCAACAAUCAGGACAGCAACGAUCAGACCAAGGCUUAUCUUUAUGCCGCCGGCGUUAUCUUGUGCAGCGCCUUCAAUGUUAUGUUUAUGCAUCCCUAUAUGCUGGGCAUGUUCCAUACGGGCAUGAAGGUGCGCAUAGCCAUGUGCAGCAUGAUUUAUCGCAAGGCGUUGCGUCUCAGUCGCACCGCUCUGGGCGACACGACAAUUGGUCAAGUGGUUAAUCUCAUAUCGAACGAUGUUGGCCGACUGGAUGUGUCGGUUAUACACAUGCAUUAUUUAUGGCUGGGCCCAGUGGAAAUUGGCGUGGUCACCUGGCUCAUGUAUCGUGAGAUUGGAGUUGCUGCAUUCUUUGGCGUCGCUGUGAUGUUGUUAUUCAUUCCGCUCCAGGCUUAUUUGGGCAAGAAGACAUCGGUGCUGCGUCUGCGCACAGCUUUGCGCACGGAUGAACGUGUGCGCAUGAUGAACGAGAUUAUAUCGGGCAUACAGGUCAUCAAGAUGUAUGCCUGGGAAAUUCCCUUUAGCAAAAUGAUUGACUAUGUGCGCAUCAAGGAAAUGAAUGCUAUACGCAAGGUCAACUACAUCCGAGGCACACUCCAGAGCUUUAUUAUGUAUGUCACUCGUAUCUCCGUGUUUGUCAGCUUGGUGGGAUUUGUGCUGUUGGGCAAGCUGCUCACUGCUGAGAAGGCUUUCGUCAUUACUGCUUACUACAAUAUUCUGCGUAAUACCAUGACCAUAUACUUCCCCAUGGGCAUCUCACAGUUUGCUGAGCUGCUUGUUUCCAUUGGACGCAUACAAAAGUUUAUGAUGCAUGAGGAGACUAAAGUGCGCGACAAGUCCAACGAUGUGGAUGAGCAGAAACUGGGCAACAAGCCACAAGCUAUACUACAGGAAGCAGUUUCGACAGCUACAGGCGUGCUGCGUCCCAGCAGUCGUCGUCCUAGCGAGGCAGAGCUUAGCGUUAGCAUCAGCAAGCUGAGAGCCAAGUGGGAUUCGAAGGCUACAGAAUACACGCUGGAUAAUAUAAACUUGAAGUUUAAGCCAAGACAGCUGGUUGCUGUUAUAGGACCCGUAGGCUCCGGAAAGUCAAGCUUAAUACAAACUAUACUGGGUGAACUGCAGCCAGAAUCAGGCACAGUGCGCGUCAAUGGCAACUUGUCUUAUGCCUCACAGGAGCCUUGGCUAUUCACAGGCACAGUGCGCUCAAAUAUUCUGUUUGGUUUGCCCAUGGACAAGAGUCGCUAUCGUCAGGUGGUUAAGAAGUGUGCGCUUGAGCGUGACUUUGAGCUGCUGCCCUAUGGCGACAAAACGAUUGUGGGUGAGCGUGGCGCUUCGCUUUCAGGUGGACAAAAGGCGCGCAUUAGUUUGGCACGCGCUGUUUAUCGCAAGGCGGAUGUUUACCUACUCGAUGAUCCACUCAGCGCUGUGGACACGCAUGUGGGACGUCAUCUAUUCGAUCAAUGCAUGCGCGGCUUUCUGCGCGACGAUAUUGUGCUGCUGGUAACGCAUCAGCUGCAGUUUUUGGAGCAAGCUGAUAUGAUAGUCAUUAUGGACAAGGGCAAAAUAAGCGCCAAGGGCACUUACGAGUCCAUGUGCAAGAGUGGGCUGGACUUUGCGCAAAUGUUAACCGAUCCCAGCAAGAAGGAUGAAGGCGCUGGUGAUGCUUCAGCUGAAAAGCGUCGCCUAUCACAAAUCAGCAGCAAGCGCAGUCGCCAGAACAGUGUUUCCUCCUUGGAAUCUGCUACUGACUCUGUGGUUGUUGAGUCACCCAUGCAGACGCAGGAGAAUCGCACCGAAGGACGCAUUGGCAUGAGCUUAUACAAGAAAUACUUUGGUGCCAAUGGCUAUGCGCUCUUCAUUGUGUUUGCUUUCUUCUGCAUUGGCGCUCAAGUGCUGGGCUCUGGUGGCGAUAUAUUCCUCUCCUACUGGGUCAACAAGAAUGGACAUGCCAAUACGGACUCGUUUAUGUCGCGCUUGCGUCGCUCGUUCAUGCCCCGCAUCAAUAGCGACACUGAUCCCAUCGAUAUCUACUACUUUACUGCCAUUAACGUCAUGGUCAUUGUCUUCUCGCUGGUGCGCAGCGUGCUCUUCUUCUAUUUGGCCUCGAAGAGCUCCAAGGUCCUACACAAUCGGAUGUUCCAGGGCGUCACUCGCGCUGCAAUGCAUUUCUUCAAUACAAAUCCCUCGGGUCGCAUCUUGAAUCGCUUCUCCAAGGACUUGGGUCAAGUGGAUGAAAUUCUGCCCUCUGUUAUGAUGGAUGUUAUGCAAAUCUUCUUAUCCAUUAUUGGCAUCAUUGUGGUGCUGUGCAUCAUCAAUGUUUACUACAUUGUGGCAACGAUUUUCCUGGUCAUUGUGUUUUAUUUCCUGCGCUCCUUUUAUCUAACCACCUCGCGUGAUGUCAAGCGAUUGGAGGCUAUAACUCGCUCACCCAUUUACUCGCAUCUGAGCGCCUCUCUGAACGGCUUGCCCACUAUACGCGCCUUUGGCGCACAGAAGGAGUUGAUUGCUGAGUUUGACAACUUCCAGGAUUUACACAGCUCAGGCUUCUAUAUGUUCCUGGUCACUAGUCGUGCGUUUGGCUACUGGCUGGACUUGGUUUGUGUCAUCUACAUAGCUGUGGUCACGCUCAGCUUCUUCCUCUUUGCACCAGAGAACGGUGGUGAUGUAGGCUUGGCCAUCACACAGGCCAUGGGCAUGACUGGUAUGGUGCAGUGGGGCAUGCGUCAGUCUGCUGAGCUGGAGAACACCAUGACAGCCGUGGAGCGCGUUGUUGAGUAUGAAGAUCUGGAGCCAGAGGGCGAGUUUGAGUCCAAGCCGAAUAAGAAGCCACCAAAGGAAUGGCCAGAUGAGGGCCAGAUUAAGUUUGAUGAUCUGAGUCUGCGUUACUUCCCUGAAAAGGAUGCGGACUAUGUGCUGCGCUCUCUGAACAUUGACAUAAAGACCUGCGAGAAGGUUGGCAUUGUAGGACGCACUGGCGCCGGCAAGUCAUCGCUUAUCAAUGCGCUGUUCAGACUUUCAUAUAAUGAAGGCGCAAUUCUCAUCGAUCGACGUGAUACCAACGACAUUGGCUUGCAUGAUCUGCGCAGCAAGAUUUCCAUUAUACCACAGGAGCCGGUGCUAUUCUCUGGCACUAUGCGUUACAAUCUGGAUCCCUUCGAUGAGUACUCAGAUGCUAAGCUGUGGGAAUCACUGGAGGAGGUUAAGUUGAAGGAAGUAGUAGCCGAGCUGCCCAGCGGACUUAUGAGCAAAAUUUCCGAGGGCGGCACCAACUUUAGUGUGGGUCAGCGCCAAUUGGUGUGCCUGGCACGCGCUAUUCUGCGCGAGAAUCGCAUACUGGUUAUGGAUGAGGCAACAGCCAACGUGGAUCCACAGACAGAUGCGCUUAUACAGACUACGAUCAGAAACAAGUUCAGGGAGUGCACAGUGCUCACCAUAGCACAUCGACUGCAUACAGUAAUGGAUUCGGACAAGGUAUUGGUUAUGGAUGCAGGACGCGCUGUGGAGUUUGGCUCACCAUUCGAGCUGCUUACAGUAAGCGAGAAGAAGGUGUUCCACAGCAUGGUCAAGCAGACAGGCGAUGCAACAUUCGAUGCGCUGCUUAAGGUGGCACAAAAGGCACAUGAGGACAACCUGCGGGCGAAGAAGGAUUCUUGACAUUUCGCCGUGCCAAAGGCUUUUAAAGACUACAUACUUAAGAUACUGGAACCAAUCACGAACCACCCGGCAGCCAAUGCGGGCAUACAGAAGACCUUCCUCUUUGCGGAGGCCUCCAAGCAGAAACUAUUAGGGUAGCCAAAAGCGAAACAGUAAUGGAGAAUAGACAGUUUUUUAUACAGACACACAUACAUAUGUACAAAUUACAUGUAUAUAUAUAGUUUAAAUGUUAGUUGAAUUGAUGAAACUAGUUCGUAAUUAACGAUGAAUGUGGACAAUAAGCAAGAAGAAGAGAGAUUUAUUUUCAGACUCAAGCAUGAGUAAACUUUGAAAGUUUGCCUUUUGCAAAUUUCGUAUAAAAUGUGUUCCAAUCAUGACAAUAAUGCAUAUGAAAGAACAAGAAAAUAUCUAUUAACUGUUACGCCUAGGAAUAAUGUACGUGUGUGUUUUUUAUAGUAAUUUAUUAAUGUACAGGUAUACACAAUAAAUGUAACAAAUUAACACAUUUUUAUUUCAAACAUACUUAUUAUUUUCAUUUUCAUUUUCGCAUUUGUGCUCAACCAAAGUUUUAGCUUUAAGAAGUAGAACUGCAUUUAAAUCAUCUAUGUUAAAUGUAAAGAGCAAUGCAUUUAUGCAUUUAACUCGUAAAGUAUCUUCCAUUUCGCUGCUAAAAAUUUAAAAACUAAAAAAGCGCUUUCUAAAAGCGAAAAGUAUUUAUAUUUA